AUGUACCAUUCGUUCAGUACAUUCAAGAUGGCGAUCGCACUGUAGAGUGCGCCUCUAAUGAGAAUAUCACUAUAAAUUUGGUCAUUCUUGAUUAUCAUAUCGCACUAGGACAUAAUCACAUAAAGUUUUCAAGAUGUUGUCUUUGUUUUCUUUGAUUUUUCUCAAUGUUUUGGCCCUUGCUGUCAUAAUUAUCAUUGCUGUAGUGUAUUCGUUUUCUUUGAUUUUUCUCAUUGUUUUGGCCCUUGCUGUCAUAAUUAUCGUUGCUGUAGUUUCUAUGUUACUUCGUUGGCAAAAGACGGUUUCCUCCGGCGAAGAUAAUGGGGCGGUAGUGUCAGAGGAGUUUCUUAACGAGAGAAACUUGAAGUGCCCCGAAAAACCGAAGGAACCCGAAAAACCGAAGGCACCCGAAAAACCGAGCCCCCCCUGCGCCCCCCCGAAGGCGUGGUUCGGAGAUAUAGAUGAUGAACCCACACAAAUGGAGUACGAUACGGCCAAUCUAUGGCGGUUGAGAGAUAGGACCAGCAGGCCGCAGGGAUAAGACUUGAGGUCGAGACAUCCAAUAAUAUAUCUAUUCUCCUGCAUUUACUGCUCUUUCUCAAUGGUUUGCAGACAAUAAUUUUGUCAAUUUCAUGUUCAUCAAUUUACUUGUAUUUCCUUUCGUUUUCAUGGGAAACUCGUCCUUCUUUCUCUCUUUUUCCACUAUAAA